AUGCCACCUGCAAAGGCCGGAAGCAAGCUUUCUGCCGAGGUCCAGAAGAAGAUCGAGGCCAUCCGCAAGCAGAAGAAGGCCCUCCCCAAGGGCAUGGAGCCUGUCCCCAAGGAGCACGUGGCCAUUAGCGAUCAGAUCUCAAUUCUUACAUCUGCAGGCUUUGUGCCGCUCUCUAUGGAUGCCGUGCGCAUCUACCAGGGUGAUAAGGUCACUGAGAUCACCAAGCUUCAAUUCAUGGGCAACCCGAGGGACAACAUCUGGAGCAUCAGCGGGACCGAGACCGAGAAGGCGAUUUCAGAUGUACCAGAUAACGAUUCUUACGUAGAGAUGUUCCGCAAAUACAUGUCGCAGAUGUCUAAGGAGUUUGCUGCCAAUGACAAGGCCAAGAGUGACACCGCUAACAAGGAGCCAGAGGCCGAGGCUGCGACGGAGAACCAGGCGGCAGCAGACACUGCUCCCAAGCCUGAACAAGAAGAAAAGGUGGAGGAGUAA